AUGUGUUUCUUGUCGGAUACCGAUCUUGAUCUCGAGACAGAUCCUGAUUUCCCAGACGAUUUCCAAUCGCCACAAAUUAACUCCGAAUAUCCCAUGUACGGAGCGGCAGGGUACCACCCUGUCCAUCUCGGCGAUCUCUACGAUGAUGGCCUUUAUCGAAUAGUCCACAAGAUUGGUGCUGGAGAUACUUCUAUGAUAUGGCUUGCGCGCGAUUCUUUGAGUUGCAUUUGGGUAGCUCUUAGGAUGAUGAUGGCCGACCAACCGUCAAGUGUUGAGGAGAACAUAGUCAAGUGCCACAGCAUUCUGGCCCGUCAUGGGCAAUACGGUGGAGAUCCUCGAUUCAUUACCUACACGAGAUACUUCCACAUUGAUGGUCCCAACGGACGCCAUCUCUGCCUGGUUCUUCCCUUCUGUGGUCCAAAUCUGCACUCUUUGUCGAAUUAUAUGAAGAGCAGAAUGAAACCGCAAUUUGUUCAAGCACUCGCCUAUCAAGCAACAGAUAUCCUUAGGGACUUGCAUGCCCGUGGUAUCUGCCAUGGAAAUAUCAGACCAGGAAACCUAGUUCUCCGAAUUCGCAAUCUGGACCAUCUCGACGAUCAAGGAAUUUAUCGCCUGUUUGGUCAGCCCAUGAUCGACGAAUUAAAGACUGAGUCCGGCAGAGUCCCAGGCCUGGAAGCUCCUCGCUACGUUGUCGGCUUUCUCGAUUUCAUGUCAAGCGGCGAAGACGUUCUUCUGAACGAAUUAUGCCUUAUUGAUUUUGAUCAUGCAUUCGAGAUCUCGUCACCGAAGACACCCGCACCUCUACCUGAUUUUCUGGCGCCCGAGGUGGCUGUGGGAAAGCCAGCGAGCCCAGCAAGUGAUGUUUGGGCUCUGGGUGUCACGACUCUCAACAUGCGGUCCGGCAUCUCACUGUUUCCCUACCAUGUCGAUUGCCCAGCACAUCUUAUUACAGAGUGUGUGAAGUACUUUGGAGAACUACCAGCACCUUGGGAAGAGCCAUAUUACGAUAAGGAAGGCCGUCCAACGUCAGAUAAAACUAAAGGCUGCCCAAGGGAAGUGUCUGACGAGAUUCACUCGCUGAAGCAAUGGAUCUGCGAUAUCUGGGACGAACCAAUGCAAGCCAGUGAGAAUGAGUCAACACCAGCUGCGCCCUUUAUAGUCAGAGAUGAAGAUAGGCCGCUUCCCAAAAGCUGUGACUGGCUGAGCGACGAUAUUUCCCCCAUCAUCAAUUACAAUCCCCAAGACAUAGAUCAACUGUCCGCCAUACAUGACAAUACAAAGAGACCAUACCCGAAACACUAUGCCAAUCGGGUUUGGAAACCAUCUGCUUUCAAAAUCAACGGCACCUACCUCCCAGAAGAUGGGGGAGUGGGAUGGUUCACCUACUUACCAGGAAAUAGUGAUGUAGAGGGAAACCUUCAAUCAUUGCCGAGAAUAUCAACUCAAGAAGCUGAUAUGCUAUAUGAUCUUUUGAGGAAGAUUUUCGUGUAUGAAGGACGCAUAAGUGCGGAGGAUAUCUUGGGUCACCCCUGGUUCGGGAUGGUUUAA